CAAGACCGCGCCGUCGUCCCGUCCUCCGCUUCUCGCGCCAAGCGUCCUGCGCCAUGCGCGGCCUCCUCCUCCUCGCGGCCGGCGGGGUUGCCUCCGUGGCCUUCGUGCCCGGGGCGCUGCCUGGCCGUGUCGCCCCGGAAGCGCCACGAGCCUUGGCGCAGGCGCCGGGCCCAAGCGACGCGAGUGCGGAGGGCUGGGCAGCUGUGCCAGCAGUGCUCGGAGGCGUCGCUCUGGGCCUCCUCUUCUCUUUGACCACAGCCGUGGCCCCGGUCCGCGCGGAGGAGGCGCCCGCGCCCACGCCGGCGCCGGCGCCCACCCCGGCGGAGAAAGCAGCGCCCGCGGGGCCGUCGGACGAAGAGAUCCUGGCGAAAGGAUGCGACAUCCGGGUGGACUGCACCACCAAGGAGCAGCAGUUUGCCUGGGCCAAGGCAUACUACAGGAAGUACAACCAGGAAACUGAUGGCAAGGACCCUAAGUACUCCAAACCGAGCACCGGCGCGGGCGUCUUCCGCAAGUUCAAGAUCGACUGGCCCAACCCGGACCCCAGCAUUCCGGACACCACGGAUGGCACCUACCCGAUCCGCAACGAAGACUUCCUGCCCAUUUGGAAGCAGCAGCAGGAGGAUCUCAGGGCAAAGAUGAAGGAGUACAUUGGCCGGGAGUUCACUGAGAUCCGCUGGAUUGAGGACUAUGACAACGCGGGAAGCCCCUACAAGCCCCACAACGGCUACUACUGAGAGAGCUCCGCAAGUUUUCCAGACAAUAUCUCAUGACGGAAAUCAAUGUUAUUUGGCAUCGUGCUUUCGCACAAGCAUAGGUUUCCUGGAAAACAACAGGA